CCCCCCGGAAAGCCGAGCCCCGCCCAACCUCCGCCGAGAGGGUCGCAGGAGGCGCCGCGAUGAGGGUCGCCGUCGACUUCGAGGAGUGCCUCAAGGACUCGCCCCGCUUCAGGGCUGCUUUGGAAGAGGUCGAAGGAGAUGUGAUGGAGCUGGAGCUGAAGCUGGAGAAGCUGGUAAAGCUCUGCAUCGCCAUGAUUGACACGGGAAAAGCCUUCUGUGUGGCCAACAAGCAGUUCAUGAACGGCAUUCGGGACCUUGCGCAGUAUUCCAGUCACGACGGUCUCGUUGAGAACAGCCUGACCAAAUUCUCCGACAGCCUUCACGAAAUGGUCAAUUAUCACACGAUCCUGUUUGACCAAACACAAAGAUCAAUUAAAAUGCAGCUUCAGACAUUUGUUAAAGAAGAUAUUCGAAAAUUUAAAGAAGCCAAGAAGCAGUUUGAGAAGGUCAGCGAGGAGAAAGAGAACGCGCUCGCCAAGAACGCGCAGGUGCCUCGCAACAAGCAGCACGAAGUCGAGGAAGCCGCCCACAUCCUGACCGCCACUCGGAAGUGCUUCCGCCACAUCGCCCUCGAUUACGUCCUGCAGAUCAACGUUCUCCAGUCGAAGAGGAGAUCUGAGAUCCUGAAAUCUAUGUUGUCCUUCAUGUAUGCCCACCUGGCCUUCUUUCAUCAAGGUUAUGACCUUUUCAGUGAACUGGGACCCUACAUGAAAGACCUCGGAGCUCAGCUGAACCGGCUGGCAGUGGAUGCUGAGAAGGAGAAGAGAGAGAUGGAGCAGAAACACUCCACCAUUCAGCAAAAGGAUUUCUCCAGUGACGAGACGAAGCUGGAAUACAACGUCGAUGCAGCCAAUGGCAUCGUCAUGGAAGGGUACCUCUUCAAGCGAGCCAGCAACGCCUUCAAGACCUGGAACAGACGCUGGUUCUCGAUACAGAAUAAUCAACUGGUGUACCAGAAGAAGUUCAAGGAUAACCCCACCGUAGUUGUGGAGGAUCUGCGCCUGUGCACAGUGAAGCCCUGUGAGGACGUCGAGAGGCGCUUCUGCUUCGAGGUGGUCUCCCCGACAAAAAGCUGUAUCCUGCAGGCUGAUUCGGAAAAGCUGCGGCAGGCGUGGAUCCAGGCCGUCCAAGCCAGCAUCGCCACGGCCUACCGGGACAAAGGGGAAGACUCUGAAGUGGAGCGAAAGGCUGCCCCGCCGGCCGGGAGCCCGGAGUUUGGUGCCGAGACCAAGGAGAAGCUGCUGAAAGGAGAGAGCUCCCUCCAGAGGGUCCAGAGUAUCGCCGGCAACGCCGUCUGCUGUGACUGUGGCCUGGCAGAUCCGCGGUGGGCCAGCAUCAACCUGGGCAUCACCUUGUGCAUUGAGUGCUCGGGCAUUCACAGGUGGGCAGAGGCCAAAGCUGGAAGUUCCUUGUUCACUGCCUGAGAUUCCCCACCAGACCCCCUCAAGGGGACC